AGAUAUCAGACGUAGAUAUCAGAAGCGGCACUGCGCUGCAGCGAUAGGCGCGGUGAUGACGUCACGAGUGGCGCAGGAAGAUGGUCGACGAGAGAGACACUGGACACGACAGGCCAUGAAACGGUAUGAUGACAGACAGUCACAGCCAGCCUGAUCAGAAAGCAUGGGGGUCAGGCUCAGUGGGAAGGGACAACAUAGCCGCAGGUUGGUGAUCUUCGUGGCCAUCUUCAUCGUGAUGACAGUUCUUUUCCUGUACAGCUCUAACAAUGGCAUCGGUGGCACCUAUGCUCCCUUCCAUGUGGCUUCAAAUCAUGCUCUCUUGACCACAAACUUGAAGAAAUGGGCUGGGAAAGAUGGUUAUGUGCCAGUUUAUGGGAAUAAGAGUAUGGCUCUACACUGUCAAAACUGUGCGCUGGUGACGAGCUCCAGCCAUGUCCUGGGCAGUCGAGCGGGUGAAGAGAUCGACCGUACAGAGUGUGUGAUUCGCAUGAACGAUGCCCCCACAUUGGGGUAUGAGACUGAUGUAGGGAAUCGGACCUCUUUGAGGGUCGUAGCCCACUCCAGUGUGUUCAGGGUGGUCCGAAGGCCUACUGAAUUCUUCCACCGCACAGAUACCAACCCUGUGAUCAUCUUCUGGGGACCCCCAAAUAAGAUUGGGAAGGAUGCCAAAGGAACCUUGUACAGAUUGAUCCAGAGAGUCAGCAUGACCUACAGUAACGUGUCUUGUUUCAGUAUUGCACCCAGCAAGAUGCGCAAAUUUGACAGCCUGUUUCAUAGAGAGACAGGACGAGACAGACAAAAGUCUCACUCAUGGUUGAGCACCGGAUGGUUCACAAUGGUCAUAGCCAUUGAGAUAUGUGAUAAUAUCAAAGUAUACGGGAUGGUUCCACCCAAUCACUGUGUAAAAAAACCUGUAUCUAAGAAGACACCCUACCACUACUACAAACCAAGGGGGGCUGACGAAUGUGUAACAUAUCUACAGAAUGAGAGUGGUCGAAGAGGGAAUCACCAUCGCUUUAUAACCGAAAAACAGGUGUUUGCACGCUGGGCUAAGCAGUACAACGUCACCUUUACUCAUCCUAAAUGGUGAGCAGACUGUAAAAACCACAAAGCACUGCGGGCUGGAUCUCGCUCUCACUUUCCCCACUGAGCCUUCGGAUGGCCACAUGAUCAGAGUCAGCUGCUGACAAAAUGACUGAGGGGAAGUCCAAGAAUGUUUUGUGUUGCAGUUUGUCAAUGUAUAUUCCACAUCAACAUGUGGCAGCCACCUGACAAGUGUUUUUGUAAAUAGAAAAGACUGAAUUUUUAUGUUUAUAUUUUUAUUAUUGAACAUGUACUUAGGUUUCUCAUGUUGAGGGGAUUAUAUCAGCAAGGAAUCUAAUUAGAUAUGACUAAGUGGCCAACAGUACACAUGCUGUAGCUGUAUUUGUCCGUUAUACAGAUAUACUCUUCGUUAAUUGCAAUCAGAUUCUGCAGAUGACUAAUUGAGUGUAACGUGGAGCCUUACCAUAUACAGUAUGACCAGGCAAAAUUUGAUUCAGUGCCAUCUUGCAAUACUAGAUUUUAAAUAUUUGGUGCUACAGAUACAUUUUGUUUGGUGCCAACCCUGGUGAACAGGUGUUAGUGAAAAAUGACUAUAAAGACCAUUAGGAUGAAGCAUUUACAGCAUCUUCAGUGUGAGGCAUUCAAUCUGUGCUGAUUCAACAGUGACAAACAAUUGGGCACAUACAGAUUGUUGAAAUCUUGUGGCGGCCAAUUUGUUUUUUUGUCAAAUUAUACACAGUAUUUUCCUAUCCACCUAAGUUGAUACAGUAUACCAGCAAUUUUCUGACUUCAUGUUUUUAUGAAAAUUACUGUUAACAUCACCUCUAAAUUGCCCCCAGCAGUGGUUGUGUAUCUAGCCCCAGGGGUUCCACGUCAGUGACUUCUGUGCCGGUCCCAAGCCUGGAUAAAUAGGGAGAGUUGUGUUAGAAAGGGCAUCUGACAUAAACCCGUGCCAAAUUACUAAUGUGAAUUGUAUUUGUUUUGGCGACCCCUAAUGGGAACAGCCAAAAGUAGUAGUAGUAGUAGUCUGUUAACAUGUCACCUCACAGCUUAAACCUUGAUACCUCAUUGGCAUGCCAGCGCAAGCAGCUUGAAUUCAAAUGCAUAAUGGACAUGUUUUGUACCAGUAUGCUGCACAAUUAAGUUAAAAAUAAAAUUACAAAUUUUAUAUAGAAAUAUGAUUCAUAAAAAGGCAUCUAUUUUUCUUAAUGCUGCCUUGUAUCUCAGUACAUGUAACUUGCUUGAUUAGUAGUGAUCAUUAGUCUUUGUUGUUCACUUUGAAACUACAAGUCAGUGAUGAACAGAAAAAAACUACACUGACUAAUGUGCUACUUUACAAAGAUUAAAAAUUCCUAAUUGGUUAAAAUUUACUGAGCCAUUGGCCUGAAAAACCUCAAAUGGGUUUCUAACCUUUUGUCCACACAAUUUAUUUUAAUGAGGGAAGACAAAGUAUGACUGACAUAUUGGACUACUUUAGUUUUAGCUAAGUAAUUAUCUGGAAACUGAAUGUAUAUUAAGCUUAUCCGCAAAGUCGCAUAUUCAUCGCAGAAGUAACCCAGAAGGAUAUUGCAGGCCCUAUUUCCACCUGGCAUUAAAAUGAAAUCUCUGGCUUUCUUGUCUGGAUGAGGGGAAAAGAAAUACUAAUAUAAGGGGGUAGAUGCAUGCAGCAUACAUGACAACUGAAAUGGGAGUGCAUCUGGGAGACAAUCUGAUGAAUCUAUUUUACCUACUCACUCAGAAAUCUGAAGCUGACUUUAGUGUUUAUUGAUGAAAAUGCAGCUCAGAUGUUUAGUGCUGCUUGUUUGUCCAUGUUGUGCUGGUCUCACCACUGUUUUUCAUGGAAAGGUCUGUACUGUUUAUCAAAAAAAAAAAAAAAA